UCAAACAUGGCGGACGAUGAAGAGGCUGACGCUCGUCAAGCUGAUCCUUACGGACCCAGGUUAAUUGAAUUGUUUCGAGGAGAAAAUGGAUUUGGAUUUAACGUCCGUGGCCAGGUAUCAGAAGGGGGGCAACUGAAGUCAAUAAAUGGAGAACUGUAUGCACCGUUGCAGCAUGUAAGCGCCGUAUUGGAGAGUGGCCCCGCUCAUAACGGAGGGGUUAGGAUUGGUGAUCGAAUCCUUGAAGUGAAUGGUGAAAAUGUGGAAGGUGCCACUCACAAACAUGUAGUGAACCUGAUCAAGAAAGGCGGAGAUAAACUGACUUUAGUUGUGAUAUCUGUGAGUUCACAUGAAGCUGAGAAACUUGAGAGUGAGAGUUCAUCUGGAGGAGAAUAUUAUGAUUAUACAGACAAGAGAGCUGUAUCAUUAUCAAUACCUGAGACAAGACAAGUUGUUAGCAAUGGUGAAACAUAUGUGGUGUAUAAUAUCUACUAUGGAGACAAGCAUAUUUGUUCCAGAAGAUACAAAGAAUUUUCAAAUUUGCACAACCAGCUUAAGAAGGAGUUUAGAGAUUUCCAGUUUCCUAAGUUUCCUGGAAAGUGGCCAUUUCACUUAUCUGAUCAACAAAUAGAAGCUCGUAGAAAAGCUUUGGAAUCUUACUUUGAUCAAGUUAAUUCAGUGAAAGUUAUUGGAGAGUCAGACAUCAUGGUAGACUUUCUCAAGUCUUCAGAAAACCAACUCCAGCAAGAGAAAGAAGAGGAAGAUGGUUCAAUGAAAGUUGAGUUAAGAGUAUUUUUACCAGAUGAUUCAAUUACGACUGUGACUGUUCUGAAAUGUCACAAAACAGUUCAAGUAUAUCAGGCCAUGACAGAAAAGCUAAAUUUGGACCAAGACAGCAUCUCAAACUUUGCACUCUUUGAGAUUGGUGAUGAUGGUUUUGAACGCAAACUUGAACAGAAUGAGUUCCCCCACAACUUAUAUAUCAAGAGUUAUACUGCAUCAUCUACAACCUGUCUUGCUUUUCGAAAGUGGAUAUUUACCCUAGCAAGGGAAGUGCAGAUGAACAAUGAUGAGAGUGCGGUUAACCUCCUAUAUACUCAGGCAGUUAGUGACUUGAGAAGACGAAAAUUGUCCCCUGGAAAAAACCUGCAAAAGCUUAAAGACCUGCAGGCAGCAAAUAAAAAGAAAGAGUAUCUUGAUGUUGCAAGGACGUUGGAUGGAUAUGCAACUGUUGUUUUUCCUCACUGUGGUUGCGAUGCGAGAAGAACUGGUCAUGUGAUCGUUUCUAUCGGUUUAAACUGUUUUCAACUACAAGCGUGUUCCUCCGAGGGUGAAAAAGAGGAGCAGGAGCACACAUUUAACUGGGAGGAGCUGACACAAUGGGAGGCUGAUAGAGAAGCAAUGGCAUUUUGUUUUGAGUACAAAAAAGGGGAUAAAAAGCCAAAAUGGGUUAAAGUAUAUUCCACAUACUAUGUUUAUAUGAAUGCGUGCGUUGACAGAGUCAUGGCUGAGAUCGAAAUGAAUAACAAGGAUGGUAUUUUACCAUUGUAUCCAGGCGGAAUAAAGGCAAACAUGCCAUCAGAAGAAGCAACUGGGGACAUUACAGAUUCACAGGAAACGGAGAUCACUGCCGCUUCCAACCAGAAGAGUCAUACCAAACCAUACUCUGCCAAGAAUAAUAAAUUUUCAAUGCCAAGGACGUCCUCAAAGAAUUUUAAUUCCGCCAUCGAAGAUGAGGACUUGUGAAUUAAGUACAAGUAGAAAUGGUCUGAGACUGGCUUUCCUCGCUGGAUUUUUUACUUCACUAGAAGCACGUGUGUUGCCAAUAGAGCUUCAAUUUGUGCCUUAAAAGCUACUAGUGAUCAUUAUUGAGGCUUCUUCGAGGCAUAUGAACUGUCAGCUCCUGAUAGACAAUACUUUUUUACUCACGGCUAACUUCUACUGAUAGAGGCCUGUGUAAAGUCGAUUUGCUUUAAGAUUUACCGUUUUAACUCUGACACAAAACUUAGUAAUCAACUACAACCGCAACCUUGAAUGAAGUCUGAAAGUCUCGCAUCUUUGGCAGAUAGAAGACAUCGAUGAUUUUUCAUGCCUAAAGAAAGAUUGCACUGUUUCUGACCUUUGAAUCUUUCGUUAGAGGAACCAUUAGGAUUCACGCCUUAUCCACUUAGGAGAGUUCAACACAUUUAUAAUGUUGUAUUUGAUUUUGAGUACUACACAAUUUUCAUUCUUGGAUGCGUGUAAAUAAAGGUGAUUGUACAACAAAUUAACCCUAUCGUUCCCACAGAGGAAGCUUGGGAAGACGGCAAUUGAAAAAAAAAAUAUUAAGAAUCGUAGUAGGGGUUUUCAGUUGGAAGAAAGACUACAGUAGUUUUCGGUUGUAUAGGCAGGGCUUCAAAGAAAUAGGCGCAUAGUGUUUUGUCUAGCUAUUCAUAUGAUAUAGAUAUCAAAUACAGAGUCCAAGUAAGAAGUGGUAUUAAAAUAGUAAAUAGACAAUACUAGGACAAAUACUUUCAAGUUAUUAGAUCUGAGUCAAUAACCUAUUCCUUGUAGCCAGUAAAUAUAUUUUAGAAACAGGAAAUACGUGGCGGGUCCUAACAUUCUUUUGAUCUAAAUUAUAUUAGUACUUUGUUUAGUAAAAGUAUCCAAAAAAUACUGAUU